GGGCCAAGACAAAAACAAGCUACAAGCCCACCGUGUUAUGCAGACAAACACCCUUUUUAUUUCUACAAAAGCCAACGUCACGUCCUCAUUUUCUCACUACCAACUGCUAGGGUUUCCUUCUCGAUCUUUCCGCUUCAAUUAUCAUCAUCUUCAUCUGAAUCUGAGAUCAAAAUGGCCACCAAAAAGAGUGUUAGUAGCUUAACAGAAGGAGAUCUGAAGGGGAAACGAGUGUUCGUUAGGGUUGAUCUGAACGUACCGUUGGAUGAUAGCUUCAAAAUCACCGAUGAUACUCGCAUCCGUGCUGCUGUUCCUACUGUCAAGUACUUGAUGUCUCAUGGCGCUAGAGUCAUCCUUUCUUCUCAUCUGGGACGUCCAAAGGGUGUAACGCCAAAGUUCAGCCUGAAGCCACUAGUGCCAAGACUCUCAGAACUCCUUGGAAUCGAGGUCAAGAUGGCAGACGACUGCAUCGGACCAGAUGUUGAGAAACUGGUUGCUGAAAUCCCAGAGGGGGGUGUUCUACUUCUCGAAAACGUGAGGUUUUAUAAAGAAGAAGAGAAAAACGACCCAGAAUUCGCAAAGAAAUUGGCAUCCCUAGCCGACCUGUACGUCAACGAUGCAUUUGGCACCGCACACAGAGCCCAUGCAUCUACCGAGGGUGUCGCAAAGCAUUUGAAACCCGCUGUUGCUGGUUUCCUUAUGCAAAAGGAGCUUGACUACCUUGUUGGAGCUGUAUCAAACCCUAAGAAGCCAUUUGCCGCGAUCGUUGGCGGCUCAAAGGUGUCUAGCAAAAUCGGUGUUAUCGAGUCACUAUUAGAAAAGGUCGACAUCCUUGUUCUCGGUGGAGGAAUGAUAUUUACGUUCUACAAAGCACAAGGGCUAGCUGUCGGUUCUUCACUAGUCGAAGAAGAUAAACUUGAUCUUGCAACAACCCUUCUUGAAAAGGCCAAAUCUAAAGGAGUGUCACUUUUACUCCCCUCUGACGUUGUCAUCGCUGACAAGUUCGCUGCUGAUGCAAACAGCAAGAUUGUUCCAGCAUCUAGCAUUCCAGACGGAUGGAUGGGAUUGGAUAUCGGACCAGAUUCCAUCAAGUCGUUUAGUGAAGCUUUGGACACCACCAAGACUGUCAUCUGGAAUGGACCCAUGGGUGUGUUCGAGUUUGACAAAUUUGCCAUAGGCACAGAGGCUAUUGCAAAGAAGCUAGCAGAGCUUAGCGGGAAGGGUGUGACAACCAUCAUUGGAGGCGGUGAUUCUGUUGCGGCGGUUGAGAAAGUUGGACUAGCUGACAAGAUGAGUCACAUAUCAACCGGUGGUGGUGCUAGUUUGGAGCUUCUAGAAGGUAAGCCGCUUCCCGGUGUGCUUGCGUUGGAUGAAGCUUGAGCCAGUGUAUGUUAGUAUGUUACAAUGGAACUGAAGUUGUUGGUUAAGGGUCUGGGUUCAGACUUGAAGUUAAUAAGUGGUUGUGAGAGCCAUCAUAUGGCUAGCUUUUGAGUUGAGAACAUUUGAUGAGUGGUUUUGACUUUAUAACUACAUCUUUUUUUGUUGCAUAGUUUUGUUUAACUAGUAACUUUCAUGUGGUAUCAUCUGGUUUUUUGUGCGAUUUGA